AUGGAUCCUGGUUGGCAGCCAUACCAGGACCCUUUAAUGGGUCAUCCGCAGUUCAAUACUGGGUUGGCGUCUCAUCCUCAGCAAGUACCCUCGAAAUACGGUCAGACACAACCAUCACCCCCCGUUGGAUACACGUAUGAGACCUUUCAAACACCCGGUACCACAUCCAAAGCUCCUUCAGUUGGCACCAACUCGAAGACUGUUUCCAUGGCUUCGUCGCCCGCCGCCACACCACGUACCCGGGAUUAUGUCACCGACGCGGAUACCACCAUGGAGGAGGCCGACCCGUACAACCGGGCAAAGUACCCGUCGAGGCCAAAUCACACUCGCGCUUCAUCACAAUUUUUGAAUCAGGCAGAAGAGUCAUCGGCUGCUCGCAGGUACUCGCCGGCGAACGUUGUUUCGCCGCCGAUGUCAUAUCCCACUAGUCCUGGUAAGUCCCAGGGCUCGUAUGGAUUCCCAUCCGCACCCCAGAGUGCUUCACGGCGGUCGCCCUCCAAGCCGGAAUAUGCAUCACCACCCCAGGGAUAUCAAUCGCCGCCAUCCAAUCGCGCUCCUAGGCUACCUCCCCUCCAAUCCGGUGAUCUCAGCCCAGACCAGUACUACCCUCCCUCCGCCUCUUCGCACAUGAGUCCCGGAUUUGGGGAGUCGCGAUCGCCGCGCUCCGGUUCCUUGCCAUCUCAGCCACCUCUCGUACCCGGUCGUGGUCCUGUACCAAAGUUUCAGAAGAUUCAGUCCGUGCAAGAGCUGCAGCCACGUAUGAAUAUCCAACCCGCAUAUCGGCGUGCUAAUCCUGAAGGUGGAUUCAUCAGUCCGCUUCAAUCGCUGACAACCCACCUUCCCGCCACCUAUCGAAUCUGCAACCCCGGAUUUAACUACGAGUCCUCGAGGAACCCCAGACGUGUGUUGACAAAGCCAAGCAAGGGAGUCAAGAAUGAUGGGUAUGACAACGAAGAUAGCGACUAUAUCCUCUAUGUCAACGAUAUCCUUGGAAGUGAAGAAGCCGGUCAUAAGAAUCGAUACCUUAUUCUCGAUGUUUUAGGCCAAGGUACUUUCGGUCAAGUCGUGAAAUGCCAGAACUUGAAAACAGGAGAGGUAGUGGCUGUCAAGGUCAUCAAGAACAAGACAGCUUAUUUCAACCAGAGUAUGAUGGAGGUCUCUGUGCUAGAUUUGUUGAACAGCAAGUAUGACAAGAACGACGAUCACCAUUUGCUUCGCCUGAAAGACACAUUCAUUCACCGUCAGCAUCUGUGUCUUGCUUUCGAAUUGCUUAGUGUCAACCUCUACGAGCUCAUUAAGCAAAACCAGUUCCGUGGACUCAGUACCACCCUCGUCCGCGUGUUUGCUCAACAGUUGUUGAAUGCUCUGAGCUUGUUGAACAAGGCGCAUCUGAUCCAUUGUGAUCUGAAGCCAGAGAACAUUCUCUUGAAAAACCUCGAGAGCCCUAUUAUCAAGGUCAUUGAUUUUGGCUCCGCCUGUGAUGAACGACAAACGGUCUACACCUACAUUCAGUCAAGAUUUUAUCGAUCCCCUGAAGUACUAUUGGGCUUGCCCUACUCAUCCGCCAUUGACAUGUGGUCACUUGGCUGCAUUGUCGUGGAACUGUUCCUUGGUUUGCCUUUGUUCCCAGGAUCUUCCGAAUACAAUCAAGUUUGUCGAAUUGUCGAGAUGCUCGGCAUCCCACCAACAUGGAUGCUUGAGAUGGGCAAGCAGUCGGGUGAGUUCUUCGAAAAGACGCAAGACGAGUUUGGGAGAAAGACAUACCGUCUCAAGAGCUUGGAGCAGUAUUCAAGAGAGCACAACACCAAGGAACAGCCAAGCAAGAAGUACUUCUCUGCCUCGACAUUGGAGGAAAUCAUCCGAAGCUACCCGAUGCCUCGGAAGAACAUGAAGCAACCAGAGGUUGAGCGAGAGCUGAACAAUCGCAUUGCAUUCAUUGACUUCGUUCGGGGACUCCUAUCUAUCAACCCCCUCGAGCGCUGGUCACCACAACAGGCCAAGUUGCAUCCAUUCAUCACCCAACAGAAGUUCACUGGUCCCUUCAUGCCACCAAUGAACCUAAAGUAUUCGACCGCCAAUAAGCCCGCUCCUGGUGUUCAACAGCAACAGCAGGCUGAGGCUGCUAGCAAGCAGAGAGCAGCGCAGGCGGCACAUGCGCAAAAUGCCUACGCGGCGCAGAUGAAUCAGUUCCAAACCCCGCCUCAGGCGCAAGCCCCGCCCAUGUACAACGGCAUGUACCCGCAAGGGGCCCCGCCUCCCCCAUACCCUACCCAGCUACCAGGCUACGGUCAUCAGAUGGGAAUGAUGCCAGGCAACCAAGUUCCCCCUCAGAGUCUCUACGCACAAGCGACAACGCGCGCAGGUCGCCAGCGGGCAUCUACCAUGGAUCCUAAUGGAGGAAUCCCAAGUACCAUCCAACGAGUUGCUAGUCACCUGGACCCCAACGCACCUAUCCGGCUGCAACCCAGCCCUGCAUACUACCCUCCUCCUCCCGAUGGGUAUGUCGAUGCCAACGCCAACGCCAACCAGCGUCGCCGUGGAAGCCGAGCAAAUAGUGGGAAUAGUGGGAACCAACGCAACCGAGAUUUCAUCCGAACCCUCGAGGACGGUGUGCUGAGUGAAGGAUACAUGAGUCAGAACCAGUGGCACUAG